AUGCCGCCCAAUUUCUUUCAAAAACCCGAGACUGCCCUUAAACGGGCGCAGGAGUUGAUUCAGGUUGGAAAGGAAUCUGAUGCCCUUGAUACGCUCCACGAUACCAUAAAGGCUAGGCGAUAUAAACAAUGGACUCAAACUCACGAGCAAAUUAUGAUGAAACAUGUCGAGCUGUGUGUUGUGCUAAAGAAACCUCACGUUGCUAAAGAUGCUUUGUUCCAAUAUAAGACACUUACACACCAGGUGGCGGUCAAAUCUCUGGAAACUGUGAUUGAGCACUUUUUACAAAUGGCUGAGCAAAAAACUGAAGAGGCACAGAAGACAUCUAUUGAAAAAGUGGAGGAAAUCGAUGACCUCGAUCAAGGAGAUGUUCCAGAAACGCUUCUUUUGUCAGUUGUUUCUGGAGCUGCAGCCCAAGAUCGUAUGGACAGAACCGUACUUGCGCCUUGGCUACGAUUUUUGUGGGAUUCGUACAGAAAUUGCCUCGAAUUGUUAAGGAAUAAUGCACAGGUUGAACAUUUGUACCACCGCAUAACCAGGAAAUCUUUCCAAUUCUGCUCAAAGUACCAACGCCGAACAGAGUUCAGGAAACUGUGUGAACUGUUGCGCCUACAUUUGAACCAGAUUCAAAAACAUCAGCAUUUGGCCCAUGUCGUGAAGCUGAAUUCGCCGGAGUCCUUAUCAAUGAUGCAGGAAACACGUCUUUGCCAGUUGGAUACUGCUAUACAAAUGGAACUCUGGCAAGAAGCCUAUCGUAGUGCCGAAGAUGUUCACGGAAUGAUGCAGCUCAGCAAAGACAAGGACAAACGCAUGGUAAAGCCCGCUAGUUAUGUGAAUUAUUACGAUAAGCUUGCCUUAGUGUUUUGGAAAGCUGGAAAUAGUCUCUUCCAUGCAGCAGCUCUUCUCCAGAAAUUCAUAAUUUAUAAGGACAUGAAGAGGUCUUUCACUGCAGAUGAAGCUCAAGAGCAAGCGAGUCGGGUCUUGCUAGCAACGUUAUCUAUACCGGACGGAGCCGAUGCUCCUUCAGACCUUACUCGUCAUUUGGAUAUUGAGGAUCAACAUCUCACUAACAUUCGGUUACUCUCGAAUUUGCUCCGUCUUCCCAUUGCUCCUACGCGUGCUGGAUUAUUGAGAGAAGCCGCUCGUCUCGGCGUCCCAGAGAUGGCUUCGGAAUCGACCAACGCGUUGUAUAAGCUACUAGAGAAUAAUUUUGCUCCUCUU